UGCAAAAUAUUGCAAACAAACAAACAAUCUAGCAUUCAUUUUACCUCAGUGUGAAGUUAGUGGGCACUAACAUCCUAAUGACUUAAUUAGUCAAAACCCUCCCACGUGUAUACUUUUUGACCAAAUGGGAUUGGCCAGAGGGGAUGAACAGGAGGAGGAUGUGUCUAGCAAGGCUAUAAGAGAGGUCAUGCUCAGGUGGGGCAUCCUUCAGGUGACGGCUUGACUUUUAUUUUAUUUUUUUGAUAACUGAGGAGAACACAUCAGAGGAGGACACAUCUCGAGUGUGAUCAGACUAAAAUUGUGUUGGCUGGAAUGGAGGCAAUGGCUUACGUGACCGAGCUCAGGCUCGGUGCAGGUCGGGGGUCGUGGGGCGGAGCGGCGCCCUCGUCCUGCCCGGAGGUGGACCUGGAGGUCAUCGAGGAGUAUCUGCAGGAGCAUUCGCUGGAGGUCCAGCCCGCGCACACGCACACCUUGCCUCUGACCAACGCGGUGCAGUACGUGCACUCCCACCACAGCACCAGGAUCAUAGAGAACAGCUGGUCAGGCCAACACGCCUACGAGUGGCACUGCGGUGCUCCUAAUAAGGAGCACGAGGCGGAAGCUGCACCUCCGUCCUGGCCGCAUCACGACCAGUGGGAUUACGUUGCGUCUUCGGACAAGGCGAACGUAUGUAUCGACUCAGACUCUCAGUCCAGUAGUUCCCGGUGCCAGGAAUACCGCGAGGCUCCUUCUCCGACCUCGGCGAGCCGAGGCAGACCCGACAAAGACGCUUCACUUCUUGCUCCAAUCUCAGGAAAGAGGAAGGAGCGCUUGUUCCAGUUCCUGUUUGAGAUGCUGCAAACGCCGUCUAUGCGAAGCUGCAUCUGGUGGGUCCAGUCCUCCUCGGGCACAUUUCAGUUCUCCUCCCAAAACAAAGAGCACCUGGCAGAGAUUUGGGGCCGCCGAAAAGGGAACCGCAAGACAAUGACCUACCAGAAAAUGGCGCGGGCACUGAGGAAUUACGCCCGCACGGGCGAGAUCCAAAAGGUGAAGCGGAAACUCACCUAUCGGUUUGAUGAGAAGACACUGAGAAGCCUCCGGGGAGACAGCAACGGCGUCUAGGAUGAAAAUGACACAAGAAGCGAGAUAUGAAUACUGAGUAUUUGGCAGGCAGAGACAAGUCUGGCACAAUGAAACCUAAUGUAAAUCUGAUAGAUUGUCUUCCAAUAUCUGCUUUAUAAGUGGAAUCUCCUGAUAAAUAUUGGGUUUCCUGUCUUUCUGGUGCUGUAACACGGACGUUUGUCACAAGAGCGUUUAUUUGUUCCGUUUAUCUUUUUGCCGAUCCGAUGCGCUGAGAUUGAGCUUUUUCCAAAUUUCAACCAGAAUAUUCAUGUAUUUUGGCAAUAGCUUGUCCGUGCUUGAGUUUUGUGGAUCCCCGUUGUCAUUAUGCAGCAGCAACUUACACUCGCUGGCCGUGCGAUCCGGAACAUCUGCACAAUCUAAUCAAUCUCAGUACUGUUCUACAUGCACGAUAAUUAUGCCAUAGUUUUGUUGAUUAUGCAUUUUCAUAAAGAAUUUAAUUUA